AUAAAUUGGUUGGAUAAUGAAGUCAAAAAACUUAAGACUAUCGUGAGAGAACAAUUAUUUAAAGAAGUUAAUUGGCGUAAAAUAGCGAAAGAAUUUCCAGGAAAGAGCCCAGAACAAUGUAGAGAUAAAUGGAAGGGAACAUGGGAUGAAAUAGAUGAUCAAGUCCUUAAGGAUAUAGUGAAAAAAUACGGAAAUGAUUGGGAAACAGUAGCUGAACAUAUUGAUGGAAGAACACCUAACAUGUGCCGAGAUAGAUGGCAAAUAAUUAAUCCAGAUAAAGUUAAAUAUAAACGAUUUUCAGAAGUGGAACAACAACUUUUAGAACAUGUUAUUGUUAAUGAAAGUCCUUUAUGGCGAGGAAGAAGAACUAAUUGGAAAUACAUAUCAGAGAAAUAUUUUCCAAGUCGUAGUAAUAUCGAAUUAUUAGAUUAUUGGAGACGCUGUCGUAAUCAAAAUGAUUGGACACAAAAAGAAGAUGAAUUACUUCGAAUAAAAAUGAAAGAAUAUGGAGGACCACCUGAAA